CAUGCGCUCGAAGGGGGGCGGAGGCGCCGGUCCGGGCGAAGGGCGAUACGGUGGCCGAGAGGGCACGGAGAGGAGGAGGACGGUGGCUGACGAGAUCCGGCAUGGAGCAUCUGGAGCGCUGCGAGUGGUUGUUGCGGGGGACGCUGGUGCGGGCGGCCGUUCGGCGCUACCUGCCCUGGGCCCUGGUGGCCUCCAUGCUGGCGGGCUCCCUCCUCAAGGAGUUGUCUCCGCUGCCCGAGAGCUACCUCAGCAACAAGCGCAACGUCCUCAACAUGUAUUUUGUCAAAGUGGCCUGGGCUUGGACGUUCUGUCUCCUCCUGCCUUUCAUUGCCCUCACCAACUACCAUCUGACCGGCAAGGCUGGCCUGGUCCUGCGGCGGCUGAGCACCCUGCUUGUGGGCACGGCCAUCUGGUACAUCUGCACCUCCAUCUUCUCCAACAUCGAACACUACACGGGCAGCUGCUACCAGUCCCCGGCCCUGGAGGGGGUCAGAAAGGAACACCAGAGCAAGCAGCAAUGCCACCAGGAAGGAGGCUUUUGGCAUGGCUUUGACAUCUCAGGUCACUCCUUCCUGCUGACCUUCUGUGCCCUCAUGAUUGUAGAAGAGAUGUCUGUGCUGCACGAGGUGAAGACAGACCGAAGCCACUGCCUCCACACCGCCAUCACCACCCUGGUUGUGGCCCUGGGCAUUCUGACUUUCAUCUGGGUGUUGAUGUUUCUGUGCACAGCUGUUUAUUUCCACAACUUGUCCCAGAAGGUGUUUGGCACCUUGUUCGGUUUGCUGAGCUGGUACGGGACAUACGGGUUUUGGUAUCCGAAAGCUUUUUCCCCAGGACUUCCUCCCCAGAGCUGUAGUUUGAAUUUGAAGCAAGAUAGUUACAAGAAAUAAAAGAGUAACAGAGGGGGCACAGAAGGACAAUGGCUAAUCUAUUUUUCAAAUAUAUAUUUUGCUUAGUUAUUUGGCUAAAUUAUUGAUCCUACUUCAGAGGGAAAGUGUACCAGGCAGUUUUGGUGGGUGGUGCUGAAGUCUGGGGAGUGAGUUUAGUCUUCAGACUAUUCUUGGCAACAUCACCAGUGUUGGAAGCACCACCAUUCCCAGUUAGGCACUUUUUGUCCCUGGUAAGACUUGACGUUUAUCUGGAACACUCCUUUUGUCCCUAGAGUGAGGAACUAAGGCUCAGCAAAAGGGCAGAAUCAGGAAAGCCUCUAUGGUGUGGCUAAAGGAGAGGCCAGAGCCUUGGGACUCCUUUGCUGCCUUCUCCCUGGUUCUAGUCGUCUUUAGAUUUUCACGGCUCUUACUGCUGUUACUUAGCAGUAUUUUCCGGCCGGGCAUGGUGGUUCACACCUGUAAUCCCUGCACUUUGGGAGGCCAAGGCUGGCGGAUCACCUGAGAUCAGGAGUUCGAGACUAUCCUGUCCAAUGUGGCGAACCUCGUCUCUUCUAAAAAUACAAAAAUUAGCUGGAUGUGGUGGCAGGUGCCUGUAAUCCCAGCUACUCAGAAGGCUGAGGUAGGAGAAUUGCUUGGACCUAGGAGAUGGAGGUUGCAGUGAGCGGAGAUCGCACCACUGCACUCCAGCCUGGGUGACAGAGCAGACUCCAUCUCAAAAAAGAAAAAACAAAGCAAAACAGUAUUUCCCACUGGUCAGUUUUGCAUAGGCAUCUAUUUCAGGCCGCGUUCUUUUUUUUUCUUUUUUUCGAGAUGGAGUUUUGUUCUUGUUGCCCAGGCUGGGGUGCAAUGGCCCGAUCUCGGCUCACUGCAACCUCCGCCUCCCAGGUUCAAGCGAUUCUCCUGCCUCAGCCUCCCGAGUAGCUGGGAUUACAGGCAUGCGUCACCACGCCCAGCUAAUUUUGUAUUUUUAGUAGAGACGGGGUUUCUCCAUGUUGGUCAGGCUGGUCUCAAACUCCUGACCUCAGGUGAUCCGCCUGCCUCGGCCUCCCAAAGUGCUGGGAUUAUAGGCGUGAGCCACCGCGCCCGGCUCAGGCAGGGUUCUUUAUAAAAACACCCUGAUGCCUGAAAGACACUCUCUGGUUGUAAUAUUUGUUUUAUCCAUGAAAUGUUUAAAUAUUGCAACUGACUUGCGAUUAGCCACCAAAACAGGCCCUUUUAGAUGCAGUGCCUCUCCGACCAAGUAUUAGAUGAUUCAUACGUAAUGGACUAUGAUCAUUUUCUGUCCAUGUUUUCUAUUACUAUAUGCUGGUUUUUUUGGAGCAAUAAGAUUACUUUUUUUCUGUUCUAUUUUGAGCGAAUCCUUUACAGUUUUUGAUAAGAACUAUGGCAUUUGUUCUUUGUUGAUAAAACUCCUGAAAAUAACUCACAAGGCCAGUGCUGCACUCUGGCACAUGUAGGUUGUUUUGAGGGUUUGUUGGUUGGUUGGUUGGCUGGUUGAUUGGUUGGUUGGUUUAGAACACUAAUGUACUUGUUAUAAACCAAACUCUGGGCUUACAGUCUUAAAUUCCACCUCAUGGGGCUGUUUUCUCUGUUAGCAAUGAAACCUGGGCCAGGUGUAGUGGCUCACACCUAUAAUCCUGGCACUUUGGGAGGCUGAGGUGGGAGGAUUACUGGAGCCCAGGAGUUUGAGACCAGCCUGGGCAACAUAGUGAGACCCUGGUUUCUAUAAAUAAAUAAGAUAAUCAAAUCAGAAAGCAGGCAUUUUAGUAACAACCUGAUGAAUUUUAAGGUGAAUCAGGGUAAUUUUGCAGAAUGCGUUCUUGCACCGAAAUGUCCCUGACCACAUAUCAGUGGUAUAGACUGAACAGUGUGCUUCAGGGUCAUGUGCUGAGUGCACUGAUCACUCCGCUGUGGCCCAGGGCAUCUGUACCUUUUGGACAAGAUUAUGAUAAUUCAGAAGUGAAGUAAAAUGCCUCCCUCUGAUGGCAAAAAGCCAACCUGUUUGCAAAAUCACCCUUAUUGAAGGGUGGCGUGGCUGUGGUCCCUCCCUCCUGUUACUUGCAUCACCAACCAAACUAAACCAAACCAUACCUGCGCCUGUUCAGCUAGACUUGAAAUCAGUUUCCUUUUUCUUUCCCCUUUGCAGCACUGCUUAGUUUCCAGCUUUGUCAUUCUGUGGCCUUUGCUGUGACAAUGCUGGGAAGGGUUAGAAAUCCUGUCACCUCCAUCCACAAAGGCACAUUUCCACGCUCCGUGAUAAGAUGUCCCCUCUUCUCUCCCUGACUGUCUCAUUAAGGCUUUCAAACUGAGCCCCUUGCUGUUGGGGUAAUCACCCUUAAAGCCGCCUUGAUGCCCCUCUGUCCAAUCAAGCCCAAUAGUAGCAUUAACUGAGAAGCACUACACCUGACUGGCUUCACUCAAGCUUAGGUGGUUGAGGGUGAAUCUUCGGUGUAAAAUCUUUUACUAUAAAGAUAUAUUUUAUAUAUUUCAUAUCCCAUCAAGUUGCAGGUUAACUUUAUCAAUCACAAUGAGUCAUGAUUUGUUGCACCCAAAAGGAGCAGAAACACAGGUGAUGAGAUAUGAGAGGUGGCGCCAUGGUGCUUUGGAGGGGUUGGCAAGAUGUGACCCUCUGUUGCCUAUGCCCAUAAACCAGUGGGGGGAGUGGCCAUGGAGUAGAUGGCAGGGGCUUGUUGAAGGGAUUGAAAGCUCUCCUAGGGCAGGCACGGUGGCUCACACCUGUAAUCCCAGCACUUUGGGAGGCCGAGAUGGGAGGAUCACUUGAGGCUGGGCCAGCCUGGCCAACAUGGUGAAACCCCGUCUCACUAAAAAUACAAAAGUUAGCCAGGUGUGGUGGUACAUGCCUGUAAUCCCAGCUACUCAGGAGGCUGAGGCACGAGAAUUGCUUGAACCAGGAGGCGGAGGUUGCAGUGAGCUAGGAUCACGCCACUGCACUCCAGCCUGAGCGACAGAGUGAGUCUCCGUCUCAAAAAAAAAAAGGCUCUCCAAAGUGUCAUGUUCAGCACCAAAAGGGAAUAGGCACAGGGUGACCCCAGAAGUUCAUUUGUGAUACUUAAAUCUCCAGGUAUUUAUCCCAUGUGGGUCUGAUUCAGGCUCAGCACUAAAUUAACUCUAUGUAGAAAGUGUCAAUUGCAGAGCCUUCUGUAUCCAUGAGGCUUCCACCGCUUGUCCAUGCUUAGCCCCAUUGCCUUUUCCUUGGGAGCAUGCUUUCUAUUCCCAUGUGAGACAGCCUGACAUAAGUGAAAGGAUUUGGGCUCAAGCAAACAUGAGAUAUGGGUUCAUAUCUUGGCACCACUCCUGAUAGCUGUGUGAUCAUGGCAAACCUCGUUUUCAUCGUCUGUCAGGUGGAGAUGAAGGGAAAUGGUGCGUGUAAAGUGCUCAGCAUCUGUGCUUAGCAGGCCAUAGUCUCCCUGCCUCCUUUUUCUUGAGUAAGCCUUUAGAACUUUCUGACUCCUUUAGAGAAGGCAGAGAAACGAAUAUAUUUUGGGUGCCAUUUGGAGUCUGGGUCUUUGGUUAAAAUUGUCUUGUAUUAUGUUGAAAAGUGUCGGUCACCCCCAGGCUCUGGGGGCAUCUGUGAUCAUAGAAUACUGCCAUGCUUAUUUUGCCUCUCUAUGUUGAGAUUAAUUCACUGACGCCUCAUUUUCCACGUGCAUCUGUCAUAGUCUGGGUACCAGAUUGUAUUUAGAGAAUGGCUCUUGCUACUGUUACAUACACACAGAUCAUGUGUGUAAACAAGCAAAUUAAAGUAAACUGAGAUAAUGAAAUCCCA